AUGGGUAACGCCCACAUGCCAAAGCGGGCUCUCAUCGGAGCUCUCCUUAUAGCCAACAUGCUUAUGGCGAGUCGUCUAUCCUUUUCCAUCCAACCCCUCAUCCGCAGGUCUUCUUAUUCUCUUAUUUCUCCAAAACAUUUCCCAAAAUCACGUCCCUGUCCUCUCUGGUCUUCGUCUUUCUCUUUUUGCCUUCAGAACCCCCACAGAUCACCAACCUGUCCCUCCAUCGUUCCAUUUUCUUCUCACUGUUCCGCUCCAUCAAUGGCUACUGUCCCCCAGUCAACCCCAGAAGUCAACCCUCUCCUCCUGGAUUUCGAUUUCCCGCCCUUUGAUGCCGUCAAAGCUGAUCAUGUCAUCCCUGGGAUUCGUACUAUGUUGAAUCAACUUGAGAAUGAUUUGAUUGAAUUGGAGAGCAAAGUCGAACCCACAUGGCCGAAGUUAGUAGAUCCUUUGGAGAAGCUUGUGGACAGAUUAUCUGUGGUUUGGGGAAUCGUCAAUCAUCUCAAGUCUGUCAAGGAUUCGUCUGAGCUUCGUUCUGCAAUUGAGGAAGUCCAGCCAGACAAGGUCAAAUUUGAGCUUAGGUUGGGGCAAAGCAAACCCAUUUAUAAUGCAUUUAAAGCUAUUCAAGAAUCUCCUGAGUGGCAAACACUGAGUGAUGCUCAGAAACGUAUAGUGGACUCCCAAAUAAAGCAAGCAGUGCUUAGCGGUGUUUCUCUUGAAGAUGAUAAAAAGGAGCAUUUUAACAAGAUUCAACAGGAGUUGGAAAAACUCUCUCAAAAAUUUGAAGAGAAUGUAUUGGAUGCCACAAAGAAGUUUGGAAAAUUGAUAACUGAUAAGAAAGAUAUUGAAGGAUUGCCUGCUACUGCUCUUGGGUUGGCUGCUCAAACAGCAGUGUCUAAGGGGCAUAAAGACGCUACUGCUGAAAAUGGGCCUUGGAUAAUUACAUUGGAUGGUCCAAGCUUUCUUUCUGUUAUGCAACAUGCUCAAAACCGUUCCUUGCGUAAGGAAGUUUAUUAUGCUUAUGUAACCCGUGCCUCUAGUGGAGAUUUGGAUAAUACGGAAAUUAUUGGCCAAAUCCUGAAGCUUAGGUUGGAAAAGGCUAAGCUUCUUGGUUACAGUAACUAUGCAGAGGUAAGUAUGGCAACCAAAAUGGCUACUGUUGAUAAGGCAGAAGAGCUUCUAGAAAAGCUUCGCAGUGCUUCAUGGGAUGCUGCAGUACAAGAUACGGAGGACCUAAAGAAUUUCUCCAAAAGUCAAGGUGCAGUAGAAGCUGAUGAUUUGAGCCAUUGGGAUCUCAACUUUUGGAGUGAGAGGCUUCGUGAGUCAAAAUAUGACAUAAAUGAGGAAGAACUACGCCCCUAUUUCUCAUUGCCAAAGGUCAUGGGUGGUCUUUUCAGCCUUGCUAAGAUGCUUUUUGGAAUUGACAUUGAGCCAGCUGAUGGUCUUGCUCCAGUUUGGAACAAUGAUGUGAGAUUCUACUGUGUGAAAGACACUGCAGGUAGUCCAAUUGCAUACUUUUACUUUGAUCCAUAUUCUCGUCCAUCUGAGAAACGGGGAGGUGCAUGGAUGGAUGAGGUUGUUGCUCGCAGUCGUGCAUUGUCACGUGAUGGUACCAAAGCUAGGUUGCCUAUUGCUCAUAUGGUGUGCAAUCAAACACCACCAGUGGGAAAUAAACCAAGCCUUAUGACAUUCCGUGAGGUUGAGACUGUUUUCCAUGAAUUUGGUCAUGCACUUCAGCAUAUGCUUACCAAGCAGGAUGAGGGUCUGGUUUCUGGUAUUCGGGGGAUAGAGUGGGAUGCUGUUGAAUUACCUUCUCAAUUCAUGGAAAAUUGGUGUUACCACAGGGAUACUUUGAUGAGCAUCGCUAAGCACUAUGAAACUGGAGAAACACUACCUGAAGAUGUGUAUUUGAAACUCGUUGCAGCAAGGACUUUUCGUGCCGGGUCCCUUAGUCUUCGUCAGAUAAGAUUUGCAACUGUGGAUUUGGAGCUGCAUUCAAAGUAUGUGCCAGGUGGGUCAGAAACCAUAUAUGAUGUUGAUCAGAGGGUUUCCAAAGGAACACAAGUGAUCCCUCCACUUCCUGAGGACAGAUUUCUAUGCAGUUUCAGCCAUAUAUUUGCAGGUGGAUACGCAGCUGGAUACUAUAGUUACAAGUGGGCAGAGGUCUUAUCUGCAGAUGCUUUCUCUGCCUUUGAGGAUGCUGGAUUGGAUGAUGAGAAGGCUGUGGAGGAAACAGGGAAAAAGUUCCGAGAAACCGUACUUGCUCUUGGAGGUGGUAAAGCACCAUUGGAGGUUUUUGUGGAGUUUCGAGGGCGUGAACCUUCUCCAGAGGCACUACUGAGGCAUAAUGGCUUAUUAUCGGUCACCGCUUCUGCAUAGAAGUUGUAUUUUCUUAUAAAAUUGCUGUACAAGGCUGUGAAGCGGCCUUUAGGAUUGUUUCUUUUUUUAAUCAUACACCACAGACGGGCUCCAAUAAGAUUAACUUAUUCUAAAGGAUGUUUUGGCAAUGUUCUUAUUUGGGUGAUUAACUUGACACAAUGAGAGCAAUAGUGGAUGUUUCUUGCUCGAAGAUACGCUUUUGGAUUCCUCUAA